GAUUUCAUGUUAAGAAAAAUCUGAUCUCCAUUUGACAUGGCAUGGUGUAAAUUGACAGUAAAGAUGUGCUGAAAGAUGAAUGUCACAUGGAUAGAAGUAGCCAGGAUGUUCGAACUUUAUGGCAAAAAGUCUGGAGCCAAGAUACGAACUAAGCGAAGUAACAGUAAGCAUCUGCAGUUCGAUCAGUAUGUUGACUACACCACGUUGAUGGGUAUGAUGAGUCAGAUAGUGGAGAAGGACAAGGAGGUGGCUCGUGUGGUGCACCUCACUCCGCGGACCGCUCAGAACCGCAGCAUUGUGGCGCUCGAGCUGCAGAGCGAUAGGCAGAGCAAGAAACCUGGUAUUCUUAUUAUAGGAGCUCUUAAUGCUAUGGCUUGGGGAGCACCCAACGCAAUAAUGGAGCUAGCUGACAGGCUGCUAUAUGACUCUAACUAUCAAACGCCGUACUUCAAUGACUAUGAUUGGUACCUGAUACCUAUGGCGAACCCUGACGGCUUGGAGUUCAGCAAAGGUCUGCGUCAACUGCCCCCAGUAGACGCGACUAUGUGGUCUCGCAAUGUCACCGCUAGGUUCAAGACACGGCCGACGGUGUGGCAUAAGAAUAUAGAUACCGAAGCAUCUGAUGUGUGCUUUGGCACUAAUAUAAAUCGCAACUUCGCUUUCCAUUGGCAAGAUGACGUUCACAAGAUGCCGGAACGUUGCUCGCAAUACUACCCAGGCACCAAGCCGUUUUCAACAGCAGAAGCGCAAGCGUUGCGAGCGUACCUUGAAAAGAUGGGUGACGUCAUCGAUUUAGCUAUACAUUUACAUGCAAGCUUUGUUCCUAAAAAGGAGUACAUACUAUUUCCCUGGCGGUACUCUACACGUUUGCCAAGCAACUUCCGCACGUUACAAGCUAUUGGUGAAUAUUCGGCGAGACACGCACGGCUUCCUGAUGGACGAUUGUAUGAGGUUCACCAAAGCAGCAACGACAACCGCGUUGCCGGGUCCAUCAGCGACUACGUGUCGGGCGUGGUUGGCACUGACCUCGUCUACCUCAUUAAACCCUACUACCCACAGUUCCCCAACUACACCGAUAGCAAAAUCAUAGAGGUGUACGCGAAGAAGGCGAUAACAGCCAUCCUGAGCCUCGUCCGAGGUUGGCGCAGCAGUACCAAGCUAAACACACUCUACUUCUUUGGCAAGGAAGUGGAAUUUUAAA